GUUAAUGUGCGGGGGGUUUGGCUCCGGCUAGAGGAGGAAAAGUCGAGGGGACUGUGGGAGUCCCUAAGCGCGCAGUUCGGGAGGUGAGGUCAGGCGUUUCCCCUUUGGCUGGCCCCAGUGUCGAGUGUUUUUUUCCUCUGCAAACACCGAGAGGUUUAUUACCGUACUAUCACAGGGGAUAUUACACGUUCGGGUGGAUGCACACGUACUCGGUGCGCUGAGCAAAACACGCACGGUGGUUUAUCUAGGAAAGAGUGAUGGUGGACAAUUCCAGUAGCAGCAAAGCGCAAGUGCCGAGCUUGUCUCAGGACAGCGGUCUGGCCAGUGCAUUUUCCCAGGCGGCUUUCGGAAGUGUGGCUGGAGUCAAACUGGAGGCGGUUAUGGAGCAGCUCCAGAGACAACAACAAGCUAAACUGGAGAUGGAGCGCAAGGAGAGACACCUCAGGGAAGCCCAUAUUCUGUACGCCCAGCAGCUGGCUGCACAGCAAGCCAUCAUGGCCUCCGCCAGAGCUCAGGGCACCCCGUUAACCCCUGAUUUCUACAGCAAAAACUCCAGAGACAGAGCGCUGAAGGGCGGCCAGGGGCCUCAAGCUGUCAGAGGACCCAUGAAUGCUGGCCCCGACCAAGUACACGAGGAAGAUCCCGCUGAUGAGAUGGACAGAGGAAGAGGCUCAGAGGGGGACGAAGACGACGACGAUGAGAUGAUGGAUGGGGACGACGGUAGCGAAGAAGAGGAAAGCGAAGGCUUGGAGUUCCUCAGAAAGCAAAGCCUUGCGCUCCAGCAAGCGUCUGUCGGAGUUCCUCCGUAUCCGUUCCCCGUCUACGCGGCGUCGCCGUCUGCUGCUAAAAAACGUCCCCUGUCGCCAACCACUAAGGUGAAGGACGAGCCCGAAGACUCCCUUUCCGACCAACAAUCGUUCAACACGCCAAACGGACUGGCCGAUUGGAGCCUCGAUGACUCAUUCAAACAGAAUGGAAACUCAAGUUGGAACGAGGAAGGCGAGGGUGGGAGAAGCCGAGGAGAGGCCUCCAGAGACUUUGCCAAGCUUUACGAACUGGACAACGACCCAAAACGGAAGGAGUUCCUCGACGACCUCUUUGCAUACAUGCAAAAACGAGGUACUCCUGUGAAUCGAAUCCCUAUUAUGGCCAAGCAGGUGUUGGAUCUGUACAUGCUGUAUAAGCUAGUGACCGAGAAGGGAGGUCUGGUAGAGGUGAUAAACAAGAAGAUCUGGAGGGAGAUCACCAAAGGCCUGAACCUGCCCACCUCCAUCACCAGUGCUGCCUUCACCCUGCGCACACAGUAUAUGAAGUACCUAUACCCAUACGAAUGUGAGAAGAAGGGUCUGAGUUCCCCUGGAGAGCUGCAGGCGGCCAUCGACAGCAACCGCAGAGAGGGCCGUCGUCCCGGAUACAGCAACAGCCUGUACCGCUUCUCUCCUUCUCCCAGCGCCUCAGCUCCUCACCUCCUCUCUCCUCCCAAAAUGCACCUGCCUGCCACGGCACACAACGGACUGCAGGCCACUCCCAGCCCUGCCCUGAAAAAAGCCACAGUCCCAGAGGACGGUCCAGCCUCCAUGUUGCCAGGUCGUCUCCCCUUAGCGCUGGCUCUUGGGCAUCAGCAGCAGCUGGCACGCGCCGCCACCCUGGAACAGCUGAGGGAGAGGCUGGAGACCGGCAUGGGCGCCGGAGUGGUGAACGCGGGGGCCUCCGCGCUGGAAGGGCCCGAGAGGAAGAUGGCGCGUCUGGCGGAGGAGCAGCAGAGGCUACUGCAGCAGGCUUUCCAACAAAACCUGCUGGCCAUGGCGUCACAGGUGAACCCCGCCAACCUGCGGAUGAACAACGCCACCAACACCCGUGAGGAAAAACAGGACCUGUCUCUCAGCAUUUCUUCGAAUGGAUCUGCUAGCAUUACCGUGUCUGUGGAGGUCAACGGGAUUAUUUACUCAGGAUCCUUAUAUGCUCAGAAGUCUGUAGCCGUUCCCGCCGCUGUCACAGCCAUGUUCCCAGGCCAGACCUCCACCCUCAGUCCCGGCAUCCCUUCAUCCUCCUCCUCUUCCUCCUCAAAGGGCCCUGACUCUGUGGAACCAGCCACAGGAGUGUCACCCUAACAAUCACCAGCUCCCUAAACCAAACAUCCAAUCAGUCCAACCCAAACUCCAGUCUCUCCUCAGAGCGGCGCGAGCCGUUCUGCCCUCUAGAGGCGACGUUGCAAAUCACGAUCUCCGCCUCCUGCACAAACCGCAGCUGUGUUUUCCUUCCAGUAAAGGGAGGACCACACACAUACACACUCUCGUACAAACUCAUCAGCUGUUAAAGCUCAUCACGGACCCCAGCGGCUCCUUUCCACAUGUUUUCUCAGGACUGAGAAGUUUUUAAAGAUGUUUGAUAUAACCGAAUACCUCAGCUGUCUUAAUCUCAGUGCUAUCGUGAGUGGAAACACAAUCUGCAAUCACGCCUUUCAUAGUGGUUCGCUCACUGAUCUGCGAAGCAAUCGUGGCAUGAUUGAAAUCUACUUCUGCCAAAGUCACAUUCGUGAGGUUGUGGUAUGACUUAUUUUUUGCUGUCUAUUAAUUCUCUUAUUUAAAGUUUGCUGAAUUUACCUCAUCUGCAGUGAAUUGAAAAGACUCAGGAUCGAUUGUGAUACUGCUGUGUUGCUCUUUGACGGAUUUUAAAACGCGCUCCAAUCACGGUCGAGCGUCGCAAAGUUGGUUUGGUAAGAAAAGGGGUCACGGAGAUUGUUUUUCCUCCUUUUUUUAAAAAUUAUUUACUUGAUUUUAUUGUUUUCUAUUUCCGUUUUUUAGUUUCUAGAUACAGAAAUAUUAUUAUGAUUUGAAAAGAGUUUUGAGUUUGAAAUUGCGUUUUACACAGCUGAGAGGUUUUGGUUUUUUUGUUCUUAUUUAGACAUAUUUACAGACAACAGUUUGGUUGAACAAUUUUUCUCUACCUCAGACACAAGACAAUGUAUGGUUGAAAAGAAAUUACGUGGACACGCACGCUUUGUGUCGCUCGUGUCAGUCAUUUCUGUGCGUUGGACGAUCAUGUACGGGCUCGUGAAUACGAGAGCCUCGAUUUAAUGUGCUAUUCUUGCAUACGAGUUCUUUAAAAACAAACCAGGUCACGGAAAAGCAGGAUAACGUUCAAAUCGGAAACGAUUGGAUGUUUUUUAUUUUGUAUUUUAAUUGUUGAACUUCAGACCUCACGUAUCUUUCCAUAUUGGAAAGCGAGUUUCUCAGGAAUUUUUUUUUAUUUUGUUUUUGGGUUUUUUUUUCUUCAUAAAAUUUUGACUUCAGAACCUCCUGAAACGAAUGACACUAGAUAUGACUCGGUCAGCGUGGGACUGAAAUAGCUACCUCAGUCAGGAUUUACCUCGGAUGUAGUUCAACCGGCUGCAGUGCGUCACUGAAAUACUGCAAAACGUCUCUCAGGUAAUGAAUUAGCUAAAUACCUCAGUUAAUACGGCAGUGCGAGAUGAGAUUCUUGUUUGAAGAUUUUACAAUGCAGUAUCUCAUAUCCAUGAAGUAUUGAUUAUCAUAUACUGUCUUCCAUUACACUUCCAGUAGCAGUCGAGGCUUGUUGGCUGGUUAUGUUUACGUACUCAUGCCGAUUUAGCCUCGUCGACGAUUAGCUUGACAUUUUAGCCGUUUAUAAUCCUGCGUUUGCUUGACCCUGGGACCUGCUGGGAUACGGACACUUUUAGUUUGUUCUGUUUUUAUUUCUAUAUUCUUCAGAUGACGACAUAGCUGAAAACCAAAGACCAUGUGUUUGUUAUCCUCUUUGAUGACCUCACUGUAUAAACACAUGCAACUUUACACGAUGAAAUUAAAGUCUGAUC